AUGUUGACUCUGGAGGACAAUCCCAUAGAAAUAUACAACAACUCCACUGUCAAGCAAAUCGCGUUCAAUCAAAGCGCAAAGUCAGCUCUCAUUAGUAUCUCGACUCCCGAUGACAGUAAUGUCGAAAUAGAAGCCGAGUAUAUCUUCUCAUCGCUUCCAGCGAAUAGUUUGGCCAAAGUGUUGCCCAAAGAAUACAGCGACUUAUCUAAUGUCUUAAAUGAAAUAAAGACAGUAAAUAUGGCUGUCGUUAAUCUGGAAUUUGAUGGCAAAUUAAUGGCCGCCGACUCCGGGUUCGGCUUUUUAGUGCCCUCGUGUGAAGACUCGAAAAUAUUGGGCAUUAUUUAUGAUUCUUGUGUUACACCAGAAUUCAAUGCCGGACAAGAUAUCACUAGACUUACGGUAAUGAUUGGCGGCGAAUGGUUUGAAGAGGUUUUGGGUGAUGUGGACACUGUUGACGAGCAAAAGCCAUUGGAUAUUGCCUUAGAAGCGGUGGCGAAGUAUCUCAAAAUAAACUUCGAUCCCCUCCGAUAUAUCGUUACUAUAAAUCGAAAUUGUAUUCCUCAGUACUAUUUAGGACAUCAACGAAGGCUUCAAACAAUUGACGAAUUAAUUAAAAAGUAUUCAAUGAAUAUGACAUUAAUGGGUGCCUCGUAUCAGGGCUUUAGUGUUCCCGAUUGUAUCCAUUUCGCUAAGUUGUCGGCAGAGAGUUAUGCCAAUGCUAUCAAAGGUGUCGCCUCUCAAACACACUCCCAGUCUAGUCAACAGAAGGAUCAGAUAAAGCAAUGAUUGCAAGCAUUUAAUCGUUAAUUAGUUUAAUUGUGUUUCAAUUAUAAUGACAAUAAAGAGAACUUUUAUUAUGUUUUAAGAUUGUGGUCAUAAUAAGCACUGUAUGAGUGCUUUUGGGAAUAAACGUGAUGAGCAUAAUAUGCAGAUUAUGGUAAGUUU